AGAGCUGAUGUAGACUUUCCAAAGUGCUGGCAUUCUAAGACGAACUUAACGCACAUCUGAGCGAUCUAUACAAUCGACGCAGAUUCAAGCUAAUCAUGUCUCGGUUUACUAAGGAUGAGCACGUCAGUGAAAAUGACCUCUUGACUAAAAACAGUGACCAGCGGCUGUUGCAGUGGCUGGGCUCGGGUACCGCUGAAAACACAUUAAAAAUAGCAACCAUUCUAAAUGAAAAGAGAGAACAAUUUUCACAACAGGCUCGAGACCAAGCUUUGAUGCUUGCUUGCAAAAGUGGACGUAAAUUUCGUGUCCAAGUUCUUCUGGGCGGCGAUGCGAAUUUCAACGCUACUGAUGAGGAUGGUAACACGCCCUUGCUACUGUGUGCAGAAAGAGGUCAUGUUGACAUAGCAGAAAUACUCAUAACCAGAGGGGCAGACAUGAAUGUUGCAAACUUAAAAGGAGAAACAGCCCUCAUGUUAUCAAUACUGCCUGCCAGGUCUAGAGCAAUGGUUAACCUUCUGGUGAGCCACCUCACGAUCAAAAUCGAUAUGAAAGACAACGAAGGAACAACGGCCCUUCUGCGUGCUAUACACGCCAGAGAUUUGGACACGGCUGCCAUGUUUUACACAUUACACAUGGACGCAGACGCUCAAAUUAAUUUCGCUCAUUAUAACUGGAAUAUCAAGAAAUUACGAAAGAUGUUUACAUUAGAAUUAUUUGCAGGUUUCAAGAAAUAUCCGUUAGUAGAGGCUGCAAAUCUGGGCGUUUAUGAAGUGGUGGAGCUAAUGUGUUUAUCUGGAGCAGACGUCAAUCUUCCAAAACACGGGAAAACCGCUCUUGUUGUAUCGAUAGAAAAUAGACGUCUGGACUUGGUUGAGCUAUUGAUUAAAUACAAGGCUGACAUCAACAAGGUUAGUAAGAAGAAUACGCUCAAAUAUACAGGAUCUGCCUUGGAUUUUGCCUUGUUUGAAGAAGAAAUUGAGUGUGCAAAGCUACUUCUCAGCAAGGGCGCUUUUCUUGAUCUCAGAAAAGCAACGUUUACAGCAGUCACAUAUCAUAAUAUUGAGUCUCUAAGUUUUUUAAUGGAAACUUAUUUUGAGCAAAUCAACUCAAUAUUGACAAGCAAAAAGAUUAAAAAGCUAUUAAAGCAUUGGAUAGAGUCCAACAAAUAUAAGCAUGAUCAUCGCUCGCUAGUUUUUGAAGCACUGUUGAAGGCCAAAAACUUACUAGAACUAAUUAUAAGGUUUGGGGGUGAUGUCAACAAAUGCAAUGAAAAUGGAGAAACUCCACUGUACGUUGCCGCAAAGAUUGGCUCCAUAGACGUCAUCAGAGUUCUAGUGCAGAGCGGAGCUGAUGUUAACUUCCAACAUAGCGACGGGACGACACCUCUAAUGGAAGCAACUGCCCGACGCACUGACGACACAGAUGAAAUUGUCCAAUUUCUAAUAGACGCGAAAUCAAACCUCGAGCUUACAGAUCAUCAAGGCAAUACGGCUCUGAUGCUGGCUGUGACAAGAUUUAAGAACAUAGAACUUUUCUUGAAUGCUGGAGCCAAUGUUAACCAACAGAAUAAGCAAGGGCGUUCAGCACUAAUGCUGGCCAUACAUUUUAACCGCGAGGAAGCAUUCGAUCUUCUAUGUCAACAAGGAGCCGAUGUGAAUCUAAGCACUGGUGGAAGCAACAAUGCGCUGUCUUCGCUUCUUUCAGAUGUGUUUCGGAUCACUGAAAAAUGGCCCAUAAUUUUACUGGACCAUGGAGCGGACACUUCCAACCUUCCACGUACAAUAAUUCACACUCUAAUUUUCACAGGUCAAUGUAAUAUUGUUACAAAAUUGGUGUGUAGUGGCCUGGCACCAGUGGAUGUAACUUGUAAUGAGCUAACUAGGUUUUUAAAAUCUCAUUGGCCACGUUUAGAAACGUAUUCUCCAUUCAGCUCCGCACUUAUUAAUAACCAGAAGCGUUUAGCGGGAUUCUUUGCAAGAAACUUGUUUUUAACACAUCAUGAUGUUUUUACCCUUCGAAAUGAUCAUGUUUUACAGAAGUAUCUAUAUGAUAUGAAUUACGCCGAAUGCUUGAGACUCCUGGAUGAGGUCACCCACAGAGAUUUUUCUCUGACCGAGCUGAGUUUUAAAAAUAAUUGAAAGGUGUCAACUCACUAGCACAUGGAAGGAAACGGUCUUCUUAUUGAAAGAAGUGAAGGAGAAAAUUAUCUAGAUUCUAGAUGAUGAAUUUGUAAAAUAGUUGAGACACAAAAGUCUUUAAACACAUAUGUAUUGCGAAUGCGAUGUGUCACGGAAAACAUAUACGGCUUUAAAUAUUACAUCAGGACAGUGGCUCUCAACCUGUGGAUCGCAAUCCCUUGAGGGGGGGGGGUCGAACGACCCUUACACAGAGGUCACCUAAGAUCUUCGGAAAACACACAUUUAUAAAGUAGCUAAGAAGAUAAUUUUAUGGCAAGGAGGUUCACCACAACCUGAAGAAAUGUAACCAAGGCAUUAGAAAGCUUGAG